AUGUCGAUAGCUGUCGGUCAAACCACCGUCAGCGAAGCACUGGCUGCCUACACGAUGGAUUCAUCGUUGAACCUCCUCGAGCCCCAGGCAUUGGUCGAACGGGCCCGAGUGCAGGUCGAUGCCAAAGACCCGGUGGUGGUCCAGCUUCUCAAACUACGGUCAGGCAUGCUGGCCUCCUCCGACAGAGAAGUGUCGCCUCAUUUAGGGAUGGAAACAUCCCUCAACGCCUACUCAGCUAAAGUCACCGAGCUCCUCAAAAAAGUGAUCGAUGACGUAAAUGACGUCGACGCCCGUGAGCGUCUCGUUCUGUUGACGACCAUCGUACCUCGGCGAGCUUCCAGCGUCUCUAAGCUGAUAUAUCCCAAUGAAACCCUAAGCAUUGUCAUCAUCGAAAACUUUGCUUUAAUUAACAGCAUUACCGCCAAGUUUGAUCCUGACACCAUGGAGUUCGCUGCCCACAUGGUACGAUUCCUUGUACGUUUAGUGUACAACUUGCGAUGCUGGGAGAUAUACCACUUGUUGCUGAUUGUUCCAGGACUUGAGGAAUUUUUAACGCUCAUCGGAUUCGAAAUUAUUCUGGCUCCAUUUGGCCCGCUUGUACGCCCUCCCGAACUUUAUCUUGAAAGAAACAUGCAAGAAGGACUCCAAUAUCCAUAUCCUUAUCCAUUCUACAACUUCCUGUUCCACGAACGUGAUGGCAAAACUGCCCGCGAUCGAAAAGUCAAACGCAUCAAAAUUGACCCUUACCCGGAUAUCACCCUUGUGCCUGAACCCGUGGCUCCAGUUUCACUGCUGGAUGAUGAUAAUCUGGCUGAUGAGUCAUACAAGUCACCUCAGAAGGUAAUCACAGGAAGACGUCCAGGACGUCCUCGGAAAGUUCAGCCACGGCCUCUGGCAUUCGGUUCUUUCGUUGCUGCUCCACCUCCUGAAGCUGGCGGACCCCCGCGGCGUAAGAAGCGUGGUCGCAAGUCUAAAGCUGAACUUGAGCAAAUCGCUCGUGAAGCUCGCGCAGCUAUGGAACGGGGCGACCGAACUGUCGAGCCUGUGGUCCAUCGCCAAUUGCGGGGAUCGCAAGUGAAUCGGCAGCCACCAGCCCAGAAGAUGUUUAUCAUCAAUCCUCAUGGCGAGCCGGGGCAAAUGGAAGUGUUUGGUGGUGGUGCUAUUGAAGAAGUUGAUGCGGCAAUAUUACUGUACGGAUCCCUGGGUCUGGAUGAAGAACCGGAGGAGAAGUACGGGGGUAACCCUCGGCCCCCUGCCGUCGUGCACCAAUGUCAUGCUCUUGAUCCCACCAGUCAAAUGAUGUGUAACAAGGUGUUCAUCGGUGCUACGGAGUUAAUGCAACAUCAGCUUCUGGUUCAUGGUUUCAAGAGAAAGGUGUAUUCGUGCCAAUAUUGCGCUGCUAGGGGGAAGGGUAAACUUUAUACCAAUAUUGACUCUUUGGCACGACACCUAGGCCGACGCCACGGACUUGGAGACAAAGAAGCCAAGACAGCGGUGGACUUGGUCAAAGCCCAAGUGGAUUCUGAAGAGACGACUCGCCCCGUGCCACCUGAAGCCUCAACUAGCUCAUUGGAAGCUGAGCCUGAUAUCUCAAACUCAGUACAGCCUCAACAACUGUCGGCGGUUCCUACGAUUUCACAAAUGCCACAAAAUAUAGAAGCAUUGCCGCCAAUGUCACAGUUUGGACCUACGCAAUUCCAAACCAAUUUUUCGCAACAACUUCAAGACAAACCCGAGGGUACUGCUCGACUGCCUCAACAACAUUAUCGCAACCCCAAUCUUCUCCAACGCAAUAGAAUUGUUGAGAUUGUUGAACUUCCCGCCAUUCAAGACGAACAGCAAUCUUCUGCUUACUUGGGUUCUCACCCCCAGAUACCCCCCACCAAUAAAAUGCAAAAUGUUGGUCUCCAGUCCCACGGACUGCCCCAACAACAAACCGCGCCACACCUUUCUCCACCAGCUGGUCAGUACAUGCCUCUUCGUGACAUGUCAGGGCGGCCAGCUCAGUUCAUUCCGAUGGCGACACUGCCGCAAUACGCACAAAUGCAACCAUACGCAAUGAUGCCGGGUCGUCCUGGUAUGAUGAUGGGCCCGCCACCCAUGCAGCAGUACAUGUGUUUACCCCCGAUCCAUGUGCCCUACGCGAUGGCAAUGCCCAUGAUGUCCAUGACUGGAGCUCUUCAACGCCCAGGUCCACCAUCUGACCCGCAAGAACCUAAGAAAUAG